AUGUGGUCGUCAAACGCAAUGUAUAGACGGUUAUACAAAAAUGCAGCACCAAACAGUUUGCGUAUAAUUCAGAAGAGGUUCAUUUCCUUGGAUUCUCAAUCCAAAAAAUGUGGAAAUGGAUUGAGCUAUAUACAUUUCCUCCCUAAAACUGAGAAAACUAAUUACUUCCGUGAUAUAGACAUUGAGGAAAUCGAACAUGAUGAAAGAUGCGAAAAGUUUGUUCAUUAUAUGGACAAUUAUCGCAAAAAAACACUUGAAUUACGGGAAAAAAUAGGAAAGAUAAAGGAAUUAUGUUCUGAUGACGCGGUUACACAGGAUAAUGUCGACUACGAGAUUAUCGGAUCUUACGCAUACUAUUUGAAGACUUCCAGAUUUUGUAAAGAUUCCCUAGCUCUAUACAGAACUCACGUUGAAUAUAGGAACUAUAAACGUUCUGGAAACAUUAGAUUCAAAUCAAGACUAUCGGAACCACCGAAUAUAACUGGAAUAAAUGAUGAAUUAGUUAUAGACUUUGCAGAGUUGAAAAAUAGACCCAGAAGUUCAAACAUAAAGAAUAUCAGGAUUUGUAAUUACAAAGGUGGCAUUGUUGGAGUUAUCCAUGAUCCUCUUGGAGAUGAUAACUAUGUUGCAAAUUUUUUCUCACUGAGCAAGUUAAAGCAACUAUCCACAUACUUGGAUAACAUUAGUGAAUUGCAUUUUAUGCCGCAAACCAGGAAAUGCAGAAAUAUUCGUAUAUUUUACACGGUCGUUAAUGACCAAAAACGUUCUUUUAGACUUUAUUCUGGAUUAAUAAAUACAGUAACAGGGGUUAUGACAAAUAAAAUCCUACUGUAUGAAGAGAGUAAUCCCAUAAAUUAUAUUUCAUUAUACAAGAGCAAGAAUGGAAAUCUCCUCUUCGUAGGAAUUGUUUCCUUUGGUAAAGUGGUAUCCACAUUUUGCAUAAGAUCAAAUCUUCGUCUCUAUAAUAUUCCUAUACCUCAAAGUGACAAGAUAUUUCUAGAAAAUAGACGUAAUAGUAUAUACUGUAUACAUAGAGACAAUAAUGGACAAUUUUCAUACAUCUCUAUGAAGAAUGUUAAUACAUUAAAACCUUUAAGGAAAAGAAUUUCUGCAGACACUGUCGACAAUUUUAGUAACACUGAAACUUACUGGAAUUUUGUAGGGAAAAUUGACUGUUGUGUAACAGAUAUUGAUAUGUUUGACAAACAUUUGGUGCUAUAUUCGUUAAAAUCGCCGAGCACACCAUUUUUAUAUAUUAUAACUUUUUCUACAACUAAAAAUACUACCAGAGAAGGGCUUUUAGGGAAUACUUGUGUGAUAAAAUCUCUUAAUCUUCCAGUUAAGGUUGGAUCAAUUACUCCACAAUGUAACUCAAACUACUAUGCAGACAAUGUAAAACUUUCAUUUACAUGCCCAGGUAUACAAAGCGUGCAUUACAAUAUUAAUCUAAAUGAUUUGUCUGCGGAGUUACAACCAAUGAUCAGAUUGCCUAUAAAAUCCCUAGUAUAUUACGUGCCUAGUAGAGAUGGAAAAUGCAGAAUUCCAAUUACUUUGGUCAUGAAAGGUGACACUUCUGACAAAGAUUCUACAAAAAUUGAAAAAUUUACAAAGAAGGGUCUUAAAUGUGUCGUUUAUGUAUAUGGAACAUACGGUGAAAAUUUGAAUCUGGAAAAUUAUAUUGAACAUAGACCAUUGUUGGAUAUGGGAUAUGUCCUAUGUUUUGCACAUGUUAGAGGUGGUGGAGAACUAGGAAAAAAUUGGCAUGAUGCGGGAAGUAAAAUGAUGAAACACAAUUCUUUCUAUGAUUUAGUGGAUGUUAUAGAAUGCUUGAUUGCAAAAAAUAUAACGCAUCGCAAGAAAUUAGCAAUAAAUGUAUCUUCUGCCAGUGGGAUUAUAGGUGGAAACAUCUACAAUAUUAGACCUGAUUUGUGCUCUUGUAUAAUUUUUAAACUACCAUUUAUGGAUCCGUUCGAUUGCCUAAUGAGUUCCAACCAACCGUUUGUUCAGCUGGAAUACGAAGAGUUUGGAAAUCCUUAUAAUGAAGAUAUGACUCUGAACUACUCAGUUUUAGACUAUGUUUAUUCCUAUAGCCCAUGCAGUAAUGUUAGACAUGGCAAUGGCCCGGGAAUUGUAAUAUAUUGCAAUAGUAACGACAUUAGAGCUCCUUGGUACCAUUCAGCAAAAUUCGUUACCCUUUUGAACAGUGAUAGAAUUUACAUUAAAAUGUCGGAUUACGGUCAUAUUGGUACUCCAUGUUAUGAUUACGCAGUUAACACUGCCGCAGAAGAAAUCGCAAUAAUGGAUGAGUUACUCGAAGAUUCACAAACCAGAUCUAUAAUCGCCCCAAAUACUACUUGA